GUUCUACCUAACCAUCAUACAAAUACUCAAUCCCCACCCAAACGACAAAAGAAAUUAAUCUACGCAAUGACUCACUUACCCGUCCGCAAUACGAGAACACCAAAACACACAACCCACCCAUACCACCCCGAUAAAUAAGAUAGCUGAUAGCUAGAUAAGAUAGACAUCCCUCAAUUCCUCAAGUCCAACCAGGCACAUCCCCAACUCAAAUCACAGCAUAUACACCCAAGCCCAACCCUCAAUCCGCACCAGAACCCCCUUCUAAACGAACCCCCCCAAAGCGCACAAAAAUGUACAAAGCACCCGCCUUCACAACCCCACGCCUGCUCUUCGAGCCCAUGACCCUUUCAGAUCUAGACGACAUGCACGAGAUCCGCAAUAAACCCGAGGUGAUGAAAUGGAGCAUGCGCAAAACCCCGGACCAAUCCCUCGCAGAAACCAAGACAUGGCUCACAAACUUCGUCUCAGGCGAAUCCCAACCGCCGCGGCUCUGCUACGUCAUCCGCGAGCUCUCGUCGUCGGGGACAAAGGGCCGGGUGAUCGGUAACAUGGGCGUGCGGAUGGAGCCGGCGCCUGCGGGGCGAGAGGAUCCCGGGUUGGUUGCGUCGUCCGAGGCAGCCCCUGCUGCUGUCGCUGGCGGGAUAGUCCUCACGCCGGGCAAAGAUCGGUGGGAACUGGGGUAUAUCUUCCACCCGGAGGUGUGGGGGCGCGGGUACGCCAGCGAGGCCGUGCAGCAUCUCAGCGCGCGGUUCUUCGAGUACCUGCGAGAUGCGAUGGUUGCGGUCUAUGCGGACCAGGCGGCGAAUGUCGAGCCGGGGUUGUUUGCGAUCACGAAUUUCGAUAAUGGGCCGAGUGCGCGCGUGCUGGUUAAGAAUGGGUUUGUGGGGCCUGUGGAGGAGUUUGUUGAGGGGGAUGGGACGAGGUGUGUGGUUUUUGUGAAGGUUGGGGUUUAGAUAUCCAAGUCAAGGGAAGGGGGGAGGGGGGCGUGUAUAAUUAAGGAAUUGAUUCUUGGAGUUUGGGCGGGGUAUAGAGCAUGGUUCUGUGUUAUGUGGUUAGUGUUGUGAUAGAGACUGGGCUGUACUUGCAAAU